AUGGCGGCCCCAAAGAUGACCAAGAACCAGAUGCGGAGGGCCAAGAAGAAGGAACAGAAGAAGGCCAAAGCAGAUGUCUGUCCCCGUGCCCCAUGUGCUUCCAACCAGAACUCCGAUCAGCCGGACCAGCCAACCGCAGACAAGAGCGACGAAUCGCCACAGCCGACAGAUGGUGUCGAUGAGAAGAGCGCAGCCGACGCGGCCAAACCAUCCGCUACCGUCACUAUUGAGCCCAUCCGAGAAGAUCUGCUGGACGAUGAUCCCGCGUUUGCCGCGUACAGAGACGUAUUCAACAAGUUUGGUCUUUCCUUUGCGGAAGACCAGAUUGCCAAGGAGGCCAAUGCUGGCAACCAAGGCGACGUUUUCUUCGGCGAUAACGACGAUAUUCCUGAUGAAGAGGACGAGAACCCUAGCCAGCCAAAGCUGUCCAAGAAGAAGCGAAAACAGAUGAACAAGCUUACCGUUGCACAGCUCAAGGCACUUGUCAGCAUACCGGAAGUGGUUGAAUGGCAGGAUGUAUCAUCGUCGGACCCACGGCUCCUGGUUCAGAUCAAGGCCCAGAGAAACGUCGUCCCUGUACCUUCCCAUUGGGCUAUGAAGAGAGAGUACUUGUCUUCGAAGCGAGGAAUUGAGAAGUCGGCGUUUCGGCUGCCAAAAUUCAUCGCCGAAACGGGAAUUGCAGAGAUGCGUGACGCGGUAUUGGAGAAGCAGGCCGAGCAGACGCUGAAGCAGAAGCAACGAGAGCGCGUCCAGCCCAAGAUGGGAAAGUUGGAUAUUGACUACCAGAAGCUCUACGACGCCUUCUUCCGCUUCCAGACGAAGCCGGAAUUGACGCGGUUCGGCGAGGUCUACUACGAGGGCAAGGAGAGCGAGGUCGACUAUCAGCACUUCCGUCCUGGAGAGCUGAGCGAUGCCACAAAGGAAGCACUCGGCAUGCCGCCCGGGGCACCUCCUCCUUGGCUCAUCAACCAGCAGAGAUUCGGCACACCUCCCAGCUACCCUACGCUGAGGAUACCUGGCUUGAACGCGCCGCCGCCUCCUGGAGGAUCAUGGGGCUUCCAUCCUGGCGGCUGGGGCAAGCCACCAGUGGACGAGUUCAAUCGUCCGUUAUACGGCGGCGAUGUCUUUGGUCUGACCGCGCCAAACGGUGCUGCUGGCCAAGCACAAUUGACGCAGCCCCAAGCAGCCAACGGAGAGAACGUGGAGCGUACGCUGUGGGGAGAGCUGCAACCACGCGAGGAGGAAUCUGAGGAGGAGGAAGAAGAAUCCGAGGAAGAAGAGGAAGAGGACGACGAGGGUCCCGGCGGCAUCGAGGAUGUCAGCGGGCUCGAGACCCCUGGAGGAUACACCAGCACGGUGCAGCCCGAUUAUUCACAGCAAGGAGUCGAGACAUCUAUUGCCGGCGAGAUGGACCUACGAAAACAGCGACGUGGUUACGAAACCGAAGAGUCAUCUGCUCCGCGCUCCGCCUACACGGUUGUGCCUGAGCGGCAGGUGCGUGCCGAGGGCUUCUUCGGCAGCGAUCGCGCAUACGACAUCAGCGCCGCCCAGCGCGCCGCAGCGUCUGGCAUACCCGUGCUGGGCGCCGACGACGACUCUCGGAAGCGGAAGAAGCCCGGCGAUGUGGACGUCGCGAUUGACGUGGAUUCGCUCAACCAGCAGGGCGGUCUGAGCAAGGACGACCUUCGGAGCAAGUACGAAGCUAGCAACAAGGCGGAGGGCAUCGGUGCGAAAUGGGCCUACGACGAUGACCUGAGCCAGAUGAUUGCGGAGGAGAGCAGAAAGCGGCAGCGCACCGAGAAGGAGCUCAGCGAGAAGAAGCGGGAGGGCAAGUACAAGUUCUAA